AGGUGAACCCAUUUUCUUUGUAAUUGGGCUUUCCAACUUGAGCCUAUAUCUCUAAGCAUACUCCCACCCAUUUGAACCAAAGCCCACCCAAUUCCUUCUCCUUCUUCUUCUUCUUCGUGGGAAAAUUGCAGAUUUGCAGAGAAGAGGGUUAAUGUGAAGAGAAGUCAUGGCAAAAACAGCAGUUGCUUUAAUUGUUACUUUGUGGGUGAUCCCCAUUUCGAUUCUUGUCAAUAGCAUUGUCCCAGAUUCUUACAUGGAUGAAAUAUUCCACAUCCCACAAGCUCAACAAUAUUGCAAAGCUAAUUUUAAGAGUUGGGAUCCCAUGAUUACUACUCCUCCUGGCUUGUACUGUCUUUCACUUGCACAUGUUGCUUCUUUGUUUCCAGGCAUGCUUUUGUUGCAGUGGAUCUCAUCUUUUUCAGAUCUAUGCUCUAAUGCAAUCCUUCGCUCUGUCAACGGCGUAUUAGCUGUUGUAUGCAGUAUUCUUAUAUAUGAGAUCUUCACACAGUUAAGACCAGCACUUGACAGAAGAAAAGCAACAUUUUACACUAUUAUUCUUUCAUUAUAUCCUCUUCAUUGGUUCUUCACUUAUCUUUAUUACACUGAUGUGGCAUCACUCACUGUGUUCCUUGCUAUGUACCUGGCAUCCCUGAAGAAGAAUUAUUUUUUGAGUGCUUUGCUGGGGGCAUUGGCUGUAUGCAUUCGGCAAACCAAUAUUAUAUGGAUGCUUUUUGUUGCAUGUGAUGGUGUAAUUGAUAUGUUCCUGAUAGAUAGACAAAGUUUGGGUGUUCAGAAAUCUAGUAUUUCUGUUGAUGAAAAGGACAGGGUAAUUCCUAAAGAUGAUUUUGCAGCAAAACCAGGAGUUCGAAGGCGAAAGAUGAAGGGCACACUAGAUGCUCCCAGCUCUGCAGUUACUGGUGGCUAUGAAGUCGCUCUUUCAAGAUCUCAUCUUUCAGGAAUGUUUGAUGAGAUUCAGUAUCUUAUUGUUCAAGCAUGGCAUCUAAAAUGGGAGCUUGUUGUUUCUUUUAGCCCCUUUGUCGUGGUUCUGGGAGCCUUCAUUGCUUUUGUUUACUGGAAUGGCAGUGUUGUUCUUGGUGCAAAGGAAUCUCAUGCUGUGUCCCCCCAUUUUGCACAGAUAAUGUAUUUUGCAAUGGUUUCUGCAUUCUUUAGUGCUCCAUUCCACUUCCCUUCAAGCCAUGCUGUUGCUCUGCUGCGAUCGUUCUGGAAGAUUAGGCCACUUAGUUUUUCCCUAGUAUUUGCGAUCUUUGCUGCUGGUCUACUUUCUGUGCAUUUUUUCAGUAUAGCACACCCUUAUCUUUUGGCAGACAAUCGACACUAUCCAUUUUAUAUCUGGCGCAGGGUCAUCAACGCGCAUCGCUUUAUGAAAUACUUUCUAGUCCCGAUUUAUGUCUAUUCAUGGCUAUCGAUCUUGCACAUUUUAGGAAAGACUCGGAGCAGAAUCUGGGUGUUGGCCUAUUUCCUGGCUUGUGCAGCAACUCUCGUGCCUACCCCAUUAGUCGAGUUUAGAUAUUACACGAUACCAUUCUUCAUCUUCAUGCUUAAUUGUGGAAUCAAUGAGACUAGUAAGUGGUUUCUCAUGGCAAUUUUAUAUGUAGCUGUCAACAGCUUCACUAUGUACAUGUUUUUGUUUCGACCAUUCGAGUGGAGCCAUGAAUCCGGUGUUCAAAGGUUCAUAUGGUAGGUUAACAACUUAGCACUAGACAAAAUCUAAGAAAAUUUCAGAAGGUAGUUUCUUGUAUAGUAUAAUGUUAACUAAAAAGGUGCAUAUUUAUCUUGUUAAAUUUGAGUGAGUUAGUUACUAUUGGAUUCUUCAGAAACACUAUAUUUACUUGAUCAUUUGAGUUG